AUGGGUCCACCCUUUGUACUUUACCUUACACCAACACCAACCAACCCCUCUCUUCCUGCACCACCUCUAAAAUUCGGGCUGUAUCGCGGGAAUACCCUCGUCAUCCUGCCGUCGCAGCCGCUGCCGGACCACCUGCAGGAUACACUCAGGUACUCUCCCCGGCCUGUUCCUAGACUCGACGAGGAGGAAGAAGAUGAGAGGAGUUGGAACCGAGCAUUACGUCCUGUAGCUUCAGAUUCGCCGGUCAUCAAUCGCUUUGGACACUCACGAGACUCCUCUGCCGACAAGAUUCUCCAGACACAUCAACCUGUAGCCUCUCCACGGCUUCACGGACCGCAUUCGAGAAGCCCCAUUGGCGGUGUCGUUGAACGAAUUAUCGACCCUAAAAGUGCAGCCUACGGCCAUCAUCGUCAAACUUCGAUCGUACACGGUUAUCAGCACUCAAGAAAUGGAAGCUUGGCCUCGACCAGUUCCAGCCCGUUAAGCCCGCAGAUGAUCGCAGCCGCCGGCGUCGGCCUCGAUCGUCCAGACAUGCAAUCGGUGGCCACCCGUAUCGAUGGCGACGCAGGCUACCCAUCGCGGCCCCCUACAUCACUCUCAGGAAAUGUUGCGACCAUGGAACGUCCUAAUGCCGCCGAUGCUCCCUACGGCCAGACCCAACGCAAGCUCGAACGAAUACAUAGUAAAUCGCGGCGCGACCAUACCCCUCAUCACUCUCACUCGUCCCGUCACCAUAAGGACGAACAAAAGACGGUUGGUGAAUAUGCGCUACAUGUAUUGUUCACCUCAUUUAUCGCACAAGCCGAAGAAAAGUUAACGGAAUGUGUUACGGUUCCUCUCGAUCCCGAGCCCAACGUCGAACAAAUAUGCGGACCAGGAGUUGACCCGGCCUUCGAUCAACUGAUUGUCGCUCUAGGCCACAUUGCCAGCCCGAAACCAAAAGCGUUAAUAGACUCCAUGAUGCUCUGGAGGAAAAGUAAAAGCGAUGCCGCCAAUGAUGCCCGCAGUCAUCUUCAGCAAUCUCGGAAUGCAGUGCCAGGAGGAGGACCUCUUCUUCGAAGGAAUACAGAACCAGUGCAGGCUGGAAUACCUGGCCAGGGAGGUCCUGAUGCUGCUUUCCCAAACGGUCCACCCACUCUUGCAGCAAGACAAGAGUUUGUGGCACAAGCUGAGCGUCGGUCAACUGUGUCUAUAUACAUACUCUGUCGUGUUCUUCUUGAAGUCAUCAGCCAAAGCAAUCUUGCUUCGAUCACGCCCGAAAUGGAGGACAAACUGGAGAACAUUAUCUUUGGGCAACUCAAAAUUGCGGAUACUGAACAAUUGAUGUUAUCGCCCCUCAAGCUUGCCAAUUGGAAUCUCUUUGCUCAACUCCUGGGACAUAUGAGUGGCAUCAAUUUUGUUGGAGUUACCAAGAGGUUCAUCGAAGACUUGGAAGGUUCUCUUCAGGCUCGAGAACGUGUGGUUAAGAGCCCAACAACAUCUUCGCACCCUGGCCGAGAUGUCGAGGGAAAGGUGGAGCUUGUGCUGGGAGGCAUGAAGCAUUUGAGGCUCAGGAUCUCACCUGAAGAAUCUUGGGAACAAUGUUGUGAUUUCCUCAUCUCCCUUGGUCGCCUCUUUCAAAAGUCCCAUGGACAAAAGAUCAAGACAGCCUUUUGCCAGGUGAUAGAUAUGCUUCUUCUUCCGAUCGCAGCAAAGGCAAGCAAUAGCCAUUUUAUGCAUCCGAAAUGGGCAGAAGUGGUCGCUGCUAUCGGACCUCGCCUGGCCCAGAUGUUCAUGAAGCCUAGACAUUGGAAUUUUGCAUUUCCUCUUACAGCCACACUGCUUUGUGUUUCCUCUCCCGACAACUUCGGUUCACAGUGGUUGCAACUGAUACUACCUCUGCAGGCCAAGAUCAAGGAUCGAGCCACUAAGCCUCUCUGUCUCCAGGUCAUCUCACGUUUGCUCUGGACAUUCUUAUAUCGCACCAAUGAGACUUUCCAAAGCAGCUUGCGCAAGAUUGACGAGGUCAUGAAACUGGUUUUGCCAUCCUCCAAGCGAAGCUUAGUUGCCUCUGAUACUGCUUGUACUGAGCCUUUAAUCCAAAUUAUUCGAAUUGUUGGCUUCAAGUACCCUGAAUACUGUUUUAGGAACGUGGUGUUUCCUCUCAUAAAUGCCGAACUCUUUAUUUCUAACAAAGAGCUGAAGGUUGAGCAACUGGAUCCUGAUAGAGUGGUAGUGGGUAUCAGAGCCUUCCUUUACAUCAUGUCAGAUCUGGAAAAUGGCGAACAAGGACGGCCGCCAUUUCCCCAAUAUUUCGGAACCCCCAGUCAUAAUUCGCUGCCUGAUCGAUUCCCCGUCUCUCCAGCUAUGUCGUCUCCUCGCAACCUUCCUCUUUCUCAGCCAACAACGGCUUCUAAAGAAGAGUAUAUUUCCCGCCCCGUCUUGACACACGUUCUGAGUGAUGGAGUCCGGGACUUUUACCUCAAAUUUUGUGAAAUCCUUGGGAAGAUUACAAUUAUAUGCGACAACACCUUUGGCGGACAAGCAGCGCUGGAUGAAAAAUUCAGCAGCCCCAUGCCAAAAACACCCAUUACUGAAACUUUCACCUUCUCCCGUAAAGAUGAUCACCAGAAUGCCGCAGAUCAGAAACAAGCGUUCUACGAACUUCUUCACGUGGCUGUUCAAGCAUUGCCUCGGUGUCUUUCUGUCGACAUUCCAUUCAACUCUAUAGUCAAUUUGUUGUGUACUGGGACAGCACAUGUGCAAUAUAACAUUGCCGAAUCGUCGGCCAAUUCUUUGAAGGCUAUCGCGAGGCAGUCUCAUGCCCAACAGGUUACUAUGGGCUUUGCCCGUUUUAUAUUUAAUUUUGACGAUCGGUACUCGACAAUGUCCGACGGUGGCAUGCUUGGUCAUAGCCACAUCGAAAACACAUUGCGCUUAUACGUGGAGCUGCUGCAGAUAUGGAUUGAAGAAAUCAGACAAAAGACCAGAGACGCCGCCACAGAUGAACCGGAAGCCAAGGCGUCGGACAAAAGAGCCAUAAAACUUGACCUUUCCAGCAUAUGGGCAGAGGUUGAUCAAGCAGAAGCUCAUGGGCUAUUCUUCCUCUGUUCGCAAUCACGCCGAGUUCGCCACUUUGCAGUCACAGUUUUGCGCUUGAUUGUUGAGUUUGAUAAGGCUCUUCGAAAGGAAGCGGCUGAGGAUAAAGACUCCAUACGACUCAUAGACAUCCUUGAGAAUGAAUCUAGCAAGGUUAUGGAUUUCAACGAUGAACAGCUAUCUGUCGCUGAACGAAGUCGAUUACAACGAGGCCUGCAAAACACCAACAACCAGGGUCCCCUUGUUGAGCUUUGCGCCAGUGAUGUCUCUUAUGACACGACUCUAUGGUUCAAAAUCUUCCCUAAACUCAUCCGGAUGGCCUAUGAGAAGUGCCCAUUUACAGUUACUAUAUGCCGUGACCUUAUCUGCAACCGCAUUUUGCAAAUGUAUAAACCGAUCGUAUACCUCUCCGAACCUUCACGAGGUCUUUACUACAACAAUGAGACAGGCAGUGCUCGACUUGGAGCAAGAUCAGCAACAACUCAACCCGAGGUGAUGGUGGAGCAAUGGAAGCUGUACUUGAUUUUUGCUUGCACUACGCUCGCAGAUCCAGGUGCUUUGCCUACGCCGCAGGACCCCCAACAUGUCCGAAUGGCCUCCAAGGCAUCCUCCAAAGAUAAAAUAGUGACAGCUCGGAUGCUGUUCAAGUAUCUAAUCCCUUUGUUAUCUGUCUCGUCCGCGUCUGUUCGGGAUGCUGUCGUUGUUUCCAUGGGCUCUAUUAAUAUUCACAUUUAUCGGACUCUACUCGAGGAGCUGCAAGGCCAGGUCUCUCGAUGCAAUGACGAGGCGCGAGCUCGGAUACACCAGCGGACGAAUAGCAACCCCAGGAGGAACAGGAAGAUGGAUCUUCUUAGAACGGAAAUCACGCACGUUUUCAAACUUACUUCACAUUUCCUCAACGAGCCGGAGGUUUACAAUAACGAGUUCUUCUUGACUACUCUCACUACAUACACAAAGGAUCUGAAGUUAUUUCUCAUGGAUGGAGAAGUCCAGAUGGACUGGGAAUUCCAAAAGCUCCGGCGCCACUACUGUGGUCUUAUGGAAGCACUUUUUGAAGGUAUCAACAGAACGAAAGACCCAUCCCGAUGGAUGACUUUUGAGUCUCGGAAGUCGGCCUUUUCGCUUAUGGAAGAUUGGUGCGGAUUUUCACCGAAUCAAAACCAGAUCCGCGUCCGUGAAGAUACUAUGCGCCAGUCGCUGAUCGAUCAGCAGACGUUGGGAGAGAGGGGAACUGCCACUGCUGCAAUGGAGAUAGAAAAGAGGAAUCUUCGCACUGCAGCCCUCAGUGCCAUGGCCGCUUUAUGUGGUGGACCGAUUAGCGUCACAACGGAAAGUAAUGUCGUUCUCCAGUUCGAUGUUCGACGCAUGCUUGCUUGGAUUGAUUCGAUUUUCAACUCUGGGAGCGACAAGAUGAAUGUCAUUGGUAGAAGGGCUUUGCAUAAUUUGAUUGUCCACAACCGAGAGGUUCCCUACUUGAUGGAGCACUGCAUUAUGCGAUGCUACUUGGCAGAGGUCCCCAAGGUGCUUGAAAGUUAUUUCACUGUGGUCACACAAGUUUUGCAAAAUCACAUCGACUACCCUUGUCCCUUCUGGAAGCUACUUGGCCUCUGCCUUUUCACUCUGGGCAACGAUCAAAGCGAGAUUCGGUCCAAGUCUGCAGUUGUUCUACGCAGCUUGGAAGUACGGCAGCAGAGAAACUCCAAGAUCCAGGAUUUCGACAUCAGCAUUUCCGACAAAACGCAGGCUGUAUACAAGUUAGCACAAUUUGAGAUCUCCACCCGUCUUGCCAAACAGCAUACCGAGUUAGCAUUUCAUAUCUUCUCUGAAUUCACACUGUACUUCAAAGACCUUCAGGCCGCAGCUCAGCGAAACGUCGUUGCAGUCAUGUUGCCUUGGAUUCAGUCUAUAGAGUUAAACCUGGAUCCGAGUGGUGGACCCGCAGCACCCUCUUUUGUGCUUCUCGCAAACCUCCUUGAGAUCACUAUCAAAUCCAGCGGUGCACUACACAAUGAGGUGCAGGCUCUUUGGCAAGCUCUUGCAACAGGACCUUAUCCAGGAAAUGUCCGCUUGGCUCUCGAAUUCAUCAUGCAGCUGUGUCUUGAGCGCCGAGAGCAAAAUUUUGUCGAGUACGCUAAGCAGAUCGUUGUGUUUCUUUCAACAACGAACAGCACGCCUGGCAUCAAGGUUGUUGAGUUCCUCCUUAUGCAAAUAACCCCAAAAGCAAUGGUACCGAACGAAAAGCGAAAUGCAGUCGAGCCACCUGCUGAUAUUAAUCUUUUGCCUUACUGUGCUGAUCUCGCCGAGGCUCUUCCCGUUGGAACUAAGCAAGCUGGGUUUUCUCUCGGCCAACUAUCCCUCAUUCUCCUUGUCGACUUGAUGGUGUCCCCAGUCCAUCUCACCCAGGAAAACGUUCCGCUCCUUCUUCAAAUUGUCACUGUUCUUUGGGAUCAUUACACGCCGCUGGUUCAGGAGCAAGCGCGAGAGAUGCUUGUACAUCUCAUCCACGAAGUAGUAAUCUCCCAGAUUGAUGAUCAGACACAAGACGUUGACAAGAAGGCUAUCGAGGAUCUGAUAGAUUUAGUUCGUCGGCACGAUCGAUCUGUCGUUUGGGGGUACGAGGAUAGCAAUGGCAAGGUAGAUGAUCACGAUAGCAAAGUGCCACCAAGCAUGGAAUUCCUUACGGCAGAGGUUAUCAAGACUUUUGAGAUUACAUUUCCAGGCAUCAAGGAACAUUGGGGAAGACUGUCAUUAACAUGGGCCACGUCUUGUCCAGUUCGACAUCUCGCUUGUCGGUCAUUCCAGAUUUUCAGAUGUGUUCUUACAUCUGUGGACCAGGCCAUGCUUGGAGACAUGCUUGCCCGACUGUCCAAUACGAUUGCGGAUGAGGACCCGGAAAUUCAAUCUUUCUCGAUGGAAAUUCUGAUAACUCUGAAGACUAUUAUUGUUAAGCUGGAAGCUGACGACCUUCUCAGCUUUCCGCAAUUGUUCUGGACUACCUGUGCUUGUCUAGAGUCAAUCAACGAGAGGGAAUUUUUAGAAGCAGUUGAGAUGCUUAACAAAUUCAUCAGCAAGCUAGAUCUGAGUUCGCCUAACGUGCGCCGGAUACUUGCUGACGGGCAGCCAUCUCGUUGGGAGGGAAUAUUCGAAGGCGUUCAGCCUCUUCUCCACAAAGGCCUCAGGUCGUCGCUUUGCUGGCAACCCACUCUCGACACGAUAGACAAGUUGGUUCUUCUGCCCAGUGACGGGUUAGUUGGCGAUGAUAGACGUCUGUUCUUUUCGCUACUUGCCAAUUUCCCGCGCUUUCUUAACGAAUUGGAGAAACCUGCUCCAGACGAGAGUGUUGUGCACACAGCGAGACUGCUCCAGGAGGAAGCAGACAAUCAGGGGUUGGCUGGUAUUGCUGAGGCCCUGGAAGGGUUUGCUUUGGGCGAUCCCCAAGAUAGUAGCAAGGACUUCCUCGUCGAGUUAUGGGGAGCUUUGCGAGAGUACUAUCUCCCUCAGAUGGAUUUCCAGAUGGUAACCUUUUUGCUUGGCCUUCUCACCAACUCCCUAUCAUGGGUUAAGAUCCAAACAAUGAGAAUCCUCUGUGUGGCGAUCCCCGAAGUGGACAUGCGUAAACCGGAACUUGCUGGACACGGGUCUGACCUAAUCUCGCCUCUACUUCGACUGUUGCAGACAGAAUUUUGUAUGGAGGCCCUUGAAGUAUUGGACAACAUCAUGACAAUGUCUGGCAACCAUAUGGACAAGCAUCACUUAAGAAUGAGUAUGACGCGGCCGACGUCAAAGGCGAUUCGGAAAGAAUAUGAACGCACGCAGAGUCUAUUUGGAAUUCCCGAAGCGUCUGGAUGGGCUAUUCCUAUACCUGCAAAGAAGACUGAUGCUACGCGAGCCAAUAUCCACGCCGCAUUUUACACCUGCCAGGGCUCAGAAGGCAUGUUGACAGAAACUGCGCCUACGCCGGAUGUAGAGUUUCAUGCCGACGACUUCCCGUACAAUUACUUUGGUGCACCCGAGCGAACCGAAACCAUGCUGUCUGACGAGGGACGUGGCGAUGUUCACGCAGCAGAUCUGGCAACUAAGCUGGACAGUCUUGACGACUUCUUUGACGAGCCGUCAAGCCCCACGACUGAUGAUGAUGGCCGAUCAUCACGAACAAUAACUGAAUACACCCCGGAGUCGUUUGAGACCGGAGCAGAGCUAUAUGAUGAGCAGACCCUGCCUAUUCUUCAUGAAGCUUCGAACAAUGCAUCUUUCCAAAAUGGCUUCGCAGACCGAUCUCCAGGGCUUUCGAGAGAGGCGAGCUCGAACACCAUGACACCAGGUGCCUUCAGCGUGGUUGUUCCCGUGGCGCGACCGGGCCUGCAUUCUAGAUCCAUCACAUCCCCCUCUGCGCCAGCCUCUUACCAACCACAAAUGGGCGACAUUGUCUCUGAUGACGAGUACCUGGGAGGCUACUCAGAUGCCGACGAUGAGCGACCUGGUACGGGGCAUACUGAGAGUGCUUUCUAUUUGGAGAACAUGAUCAAGCCUGUCACUCGAAGACCACAGUCGAGGAUAAGACGCCAGCCAAGCGUUCGUUCACGAGAUGAGAGAAGUCGAGAAAAGCCACCGCCCCGCUCGGCAUCACGACUGGCAAACAACGUAUUCCCUCCUGGGAUGCAAGAGCAUGCGGAAGGCGACAUGCUAUGA